ACGCUACGUCGUCAGUCGCCACUACUAGUGGUGGAGAGACGAAACACAGGACGCCGAAAUUCUCUCGCCCACGGAUUCCCCUCCACUCGCACUGUCAGUCUGUCACUCUCUCCGCCGCCGGCCGCCGAAUCUCCGGCGCCGAUGGAGGCAGACCCCAAUCCGAUGGUGGUGCUGCACGCCUGCCUCGGCGUGGGCCACCUCAUCCCCAUGGUUGAACUCGCGAAGCUCCUUCUCCGCCGCGGCCUCGCCGUCGUCAUCGCCGUGCCGACCCCGCCGGCCUCCACCGCCGACUUCUUCUCCUCGUCCGCCCCCGCGGUCGACCGCAUGGCGGCCGCCAACCCUUCCAUCUCCUUCCACCACCUCCCGCCGCCCGAGUACCCCGACCCGGAUCCCGACGCCUUCCUGCAGAUGCUCGACACGAUGCGUCUCACCGUGCCACCCCUCCUCGCCUUCCUCCGCUCCCUCCCCUCGGUCGCGGCUCUCGUGCUCGACCUGUUCUGCGUCGACGCACUCGACGCCGCCACGGCGGCCGGCGUCCCGGCGUACUUCUACUACACCUCCUCCGCCGGCGACCUCGCCGCGUUCCUCCACCUCCCGCACCACUUCGCCACCACGGAAGGCAGCUUGAAGGACAUGGGUAAGACGCCCCUCCGCUUUCCCGGCGUCCCUCCGAUCCCGGCCUCCGACAUGCCGCACACCGUGCUCGACCGCGCGGACCGGACCUGCGCUACGCGGCUGGGGCACUACGGGCGGAUCCCGGAGGCGCGGGGUAUUCUGAUUAACUCCUACGAAUGGCUGGAGGCGAGGUCCGUGAGGGCGCUCAGGGAAGGCGCCUGCAUCCCCGACCGCCCCACGCCGCCGGUGUACUGCAUCGGGCCGUUGAUGGCGAAAGGCGAGGAGGCGGCGAACGGGGAACGCCACGCAUGCCUCUCGUGGCUGGACGCGCAGCCGGAGAGGAGCGUCGUGUUCCUCUGCUUCGGCAGCUUGGGCGCCGUCUCGGUGAAGCAGCUGAAGGAGAUCGCUCGUGGGCUCGAGAAUUCCGGCCACCGUUUCCUCUGGGUGGUGCGUAGCCCGCCGCAGGAUCCGGCCAAGUUCUUCCUGCCGCGUCCGGAGCCUGACCUGGGAAUGCUGCUCCCGGAGGGGUUCACGGAGAGGACGCGGGACAGGGGAAUGGUGGUGACGUCGUGGGCGCCGCAGGUGGAGGUGCUCCGGCACGCCGCGACCGCCGCGUUCGUGACGCACUGCGGGUGGAACUCCGUCCUGGAGGCGGCGUCGGCCGGAGUGCCGAUGCUGUGCUGGCCGCAGUACGCCGAGCAGAGGAUGAACAAGGUGCUCUUGGUGGAUGGCAUGCAGCUCGGAGUGGUGAUGGACGGCUACGAUGAGGAGCUGGUCAAGGCCGAGGAGGUGGAGAAGAAGGUGAGGUUGGUCAUGGAGUUCGAGGAAGGGAAAAAACUCAGGGAUAGACUGACAAUGGCGAAGGAAAUGGCCGCGAAGGCGCUGGCAGACGGCGGGUCGUCGUCGUUGGCGUUCACCGAAUUUCUGAAGGAUUUGAACUUUGGAAACACUACAAAGGAAAAAGCGUAGAAGACGAACAUUGAGCAGUGCAAACGAUCAAGCACAAAAGAUGAACAUUGAGUUGGAAUGAUUUAUAUUGCUGCUGGAAUGUGACAAAAUCACAUAUCUGCAUUAUUUACCCGCUGUGAACUGUGCUAUUUUUCUGUAUUUCUGAUGUGAGCAGAAGGUGUGAGAGUUUCUUCAGGCUGAUUAGCUGCUUCAGCAGUCAGCACUUGUAGAUUACACUCUGGAGCCGUGCUUACAUGAUGGAAUAGUAUUAUGCUCUAUCACAAUAUGCAAGAUCAAUGUUCCUCUUCUA